AUGCGCUUCCUCAUCCUCGGAGCCAACGGCCGUACCGGUCAACUCGUCACAACGAAAGCUCUGGAGGGCAAGCAUACGGUCACAGCACUGGUCCGCCGCGCAUCCAGCAUGACACCCACUCAAGGACUGACCAUAGUAGCGGGAACACCAGUCGAGGCCGAGGGCAUCGAAGCCGCCUUCAACUCAUCAGCAGGAAAGCCAGAUGCAGUGAUCUUCACCCUCGCCUCCUCCCGUGCAAGCGACUCGCCUUUCGCUAAACCCAUUACGCCCGCAUUCUUCAUGCGCGACUCCAUGCGUCUCGUCUUGUCCGCCAUGAACAAGCACGGUGUGCAUAAUCUCGUCCUGAUGUCCGCUUUUGGUGCUGGAGACAGUUUCGUCCAACUCGCGUGGCCGCUGAGGUUGUUGUUCCGAUACAGCAAUAUGAGCUAUCAGUAUGAGGACCACGAUGCCAUGGACUUGGAAGUCAGGGCUAGUAGGGAUAUUGCAUGGACGAUUGUCAGGCCUGUGAUGCUCAAGGAGGGUGCGGGGAUGGCGGUGAGGGGGUUUGGAGAGGUGGGCGUGGGAGCGGUUGACAAAAUCCAACACAAUCAUCCUCACUCUAAGAAAAUUAACCGCUCCGAUCAUAUCAUGUCGCAUCAAGGCGGCUCCUAUUACCAACAGCCACGAUCGGGCCAACAGACGGGCUCCCAAUAUGGCCAGGGACAGCAGCAAACGCAGACUUCAAGCCCGAACAGUGUUUCGGAAAACCAAGAGACAAGCACUACCACCACGACAACAACCAAUUCAUAUCUGACCGGCUACCAACAACAAGCUGCACAGGCUCAGGCUCAGGCCCAAGCACGGCCACCAAGCUACCCUCAACAAAUCACCCAGGGAUACCAGCCUCAAUACCAGCACCAGGUAGCACAGGCACCGCAGUAUUCGCCUAAUCCACCCCAGCAGGUUUUAUACCAGCAACAGCCACUACAGUAUGCACAACAAGCACAGUACUGUAAUUUCCGACAGAUGCCGGGCCCGGUGCCGCAACUACCACCACCAAAACCGAAGGCCAGUUAUGACCAUCUCAAGACCAAGGCGCCUCGUCCGGAAGCUAAGGCUAAGCCAUCGAUCAACACAACAGUAACCACGACAAAGAAGAAAGAAGCCGUGCAGGCACAAAGCGGUACAGUACAAGGUGGCAAAACACAGAGUGGUAAGACACAGGGUGGAACAGCCCAAGUAGCGGCCGAGAAACGAGGCGAAGGACAGCUAUUCCAGCAACGUGUAGUGGACAUGCUCAGCAGCCUCGGGGUAUGUCCUGCGGGCUUCCAAUGGUUCUCCACACCCAAAGGCUGGCUGUGUGGGGGCGGUUCGCACGGCAUCAAGCAUGCGGAAAUCGAUCAAUGGGCCAGUGACCCUUACUAUCAGCCGAAGUGGAUCUGGGUGAAUCACUUUGACCUCUUCGAGACCAAUGCGCAAGGCUAUCCAGUGUCGAGGUUAUGGUGUCCGCCCGAUCCCAGCGUGGUGGGCGGAAACAGGAUUAUGCAUCUCAAGCAUGAUAUGCACAUACAGCAUAUGAUUGAGAUGGGACGAGGGAUGAAGAAGGAAAAUCAGUGCGCGUGUGCGAAGGCCGCGGGCAUGUUGACUAAGGAUCAGGAGAUCGCUUUGACUGCUCAGAUGACCCAGGGCAUGGGCGGGAUGAAUGGCUUUAGGGAAGGUGGAUCCGGUGGGCUCGCGGCUGCGGCAUACAGUGCUGGGCAGGCGGCAGCGCGAGGCAUGCUUGGCGGAGGUUAUGGCGGACACGGCUUUUGA